AUGGGUUUACAUGUGUGUCAGACACCUGCCUGACCAAAACAAAGCAAAGGGAGAGUUGAGUUCAGUGUUAUCUGGUGUGGGUGUUUCAGGAGGGGGAGGAGAGCAUAUUCACCUUGUGUGCGGAUUGCAAAGGGGGAAUAUUGCAAAUGGUGCAGGUCGUGCUAAGAGGAGUAGGAGGACACUUUUGCUUGAUGUGAUUGUUGCAAAAGGAGUUGCUGCUCAUGGAAAGGGUUUGGAAUACCCGGAAAGGGAUGGGAAUACGGUACAAGUAUUGCAGUGGGAACAUAAUUAUUUGGUAUGCGUUUUGUAAAGCCCAGCAAAUUUGAUAUUUAUUUAUCUAUAGUUAUUUCUUAUUCUAGCUGUGUUCUUAAGAACUGCCAAAUUAAGAUCAGUCAUUCUGUGUAAAACGCCAUGUGAUGUGUUGUGAAUGGUAAGUGCUAUUCAUGCUCCAUUGUCCCCAUUAAUGGUGUUAAUGGGGCAGAACAUUCUGAUGUCACAUCAGGGAGUGCUACAUAAAAUCUCUGCUCUCAGGCUGGCGCAAGCUAACCAUGCUAGAGGAUGGAAUACAACAAACGAGGUAUCCUGUAGACUUUGAGGUUGAAGAACUUUUUGUUUCUGCCAAGGAACUGGAAUGAGGAGAGUCCAUAACUGAACUGAAUUCCCACCGUAUUCAAUGCUGUGUGAGGAGCCAUCAUGAACCUUGAGCGGUUGGCUGAAGAAGAAUUUCGGAAAGAAGAGGAGGAGCAGAGGAUCGUGAGUGGCGAAGGGAGUGCUAUCUCGACAUCUGUUUCAUUUACUGGAGAAGUUCCCGUGGACCUUGGGCAUCCUUUCUAUGAUGUGGCAAGGCACGGAAUCAUACAAAUAGCAGGUGAUGACAAUUAUGGAAGGAAACUGAUUAUAUUUAGUUGUUGCCGAAUGCCUCCUUCCCAUCAACUUAACCAUCAGAAAUUGCUGGGUUAUAUGAAGUACACUCUGGACCAGUAUGUCGAGAGCGACUACAUUCUGGUCUACUUGCAUCAUGGGCUGAGGAGCAGCAACAAACCAUCAUUAAGUUGGCUACAGAGUGCCUACAAGGAAUUCGACAGAAAAUACAAGAAAAAUCUCAAAGCUCUUUAUGUCGUACACCCAACCAACUUCAUCCGUAUUCUUUGGAAUAUUUUCAAGCCAAUCAUAAGUCAUAAGUUUGGGAAGAAGGUCACAUAUGUUAAUUAUUUAAGCGACCUCCAAGAGCAUGUGAACUUUGAUCAACUUAUCAUCCCUUCAGAAGUCAUCAGGCAUGAUGAAAAGCUGAGAGCGUUACAAAAGGGAGGACUGCCCCGACCAGCAAAGACUCCCCCACCUCGGCCUCCACUUCCUCAUCAGCAGUUUGGAGUCAGCUUGCAGUAUCUACAAGACAAGGCCAAUGGAGAACAAAUUCCUUUGGUCAUGAGGCAGACUGUAUCUUUCUUGAAGCAAAAAGCACUUCGAACUGAGGGGUUGUUCCGACGAUCAGCCAGUGUCAGUGUCGUAAAGGAGAUUCAGAAGCAGUACAAUCUAGGGAAAGUGAUUACAUUUGAGGAGUAUGGAGAUGAACAUAUUCCUGCUGUUAUCCUGAAAACUUUUCUCCGGGAGCUUCCUCAGCCACUGUUGACCACUCAGUUGUAUGACCAGAUCCAAAGCAUUAUAGCUAUUGAGAGCAGCCUACGAGUGGCUCGGUGCAGGGAGAUUGUGCAGAAGCUUCCAGAACACAAUUACAUCGUUGUGAAAUAUUUGAUAUGUUUCCUCAACAUUGUGUCCCAAGAAAGCAUUUUUAAUAAAAUGACCCCAUCAAACCUAGCAUGUGUUUUUGGAGUGAACCUCAUCUGGCCCUCAAAGGGUCCUGCAACAUUGAACGCCUUGCCCCCAAUCAAUAUGUUCACUGAACUUCUGAUCGAGUACUACAGACAAAUAUUCAAUUGUAGGAUUCUGCGAAAUGAGAUGCUACCGUAGCCUUCGACCCUGCCAUCAAAAUGAACAACUGAAUGUAAGACCAUCAGCCAUCUUACAUUUGGCAUUGGUUAUUAUAUUGCUCGACUGGAUGGGUUAUUUGUUGAACGUUUUUUUUGUCACAGAAUUUACUCAUAUGCUGACAAACCUCAACUGACUGAUAGUGUUAAGGUGAUUGUAUUAUGCAAUGUGGGAAGAUAUUUUAAAGAGGCAGUGGUCUUCAUUCACUUCAAUUACUAGUUCACAGCUCUGCAGAGGUAAUGUCUGAAGAUUACCUGCAGACAUCGCCAAUGAUACCAGAGGGAGGGAACACAUGAAUAAAAAUAAUCCAAAUAAGUGGUAUUGUUACUUAUGGCCUUGACUUUCACUGCACCAAUGAUCAUUUCUAUAACUUAUGAAACAAGGAAGUUACACUGGCCAACCACAGUAUCAAAAUUAGUAUGGGGGAGCACAUCGCACCCACAAAGCGUCGUAUUCUCCAACCACAUUAAAAUGAUAAAAAUAAAAACUAACUUUGACUUCACUUUUUAAUUACAGAAGAAUUGCCAAUCUCGAUGUCCAUCCAGUGACCUCAUCGAACCCCUUCACAGUAAAAAAAGCCCAUUCUGGCUAACAUCUAUUUGCAGUCAUUCACAGAGCAAAAGAUUACAUUUGAGGCUUGCUCUAUACAGUUAAAGGGUUACUGUUGUGAUACAUAAAAUAUAGACAUUUCAGGAUUACAUAGUGCUGUACUCUAAUCUUUUCAUGAUUUAAAACAAUCAGAAUGGAUCUCAAUUCUGGAUUGGUAAACGCACCCAUGGCCUUACUGCAGACAAGCUGGUGUACACAUUCUAUACAUCUGGCUGGAUCACAGUUUAGUUCCAUUUUGUCAUCUUAAUGACUAUACAUACCCUUUCUUCUGGGGCAGCUGGAUAACUUCCAGAAGACAGGAUUGAUAUCCUCCCAGUCUCAGAGCAAUGAAGUGAAUUACCAUUAUUACGCUUGCUAAGAAAAGCUAACUCAGCACACGUUGAUUGAAUCUGGGGAAUUUCUAUCAACUAUGGGAUACACUUCACACAAUUAAUCAGGCAUGAUUUUAAUUAUAAUACUUGAAUUGUUAAAGCCCUUUCUUGGCUCUCCAAGAUGGAAAAUCUGUGAACGAAAAACCAAAACAACUAUGUUCUUUUGAUAGUGAGCGGGGGGGUAAGAGAGGAAGAUAUCAAGAAAUAACAGUUUUAAAGGGGAGGAAAAAGCAGUCAGCACCAGAUUCAAACAAACAGUUCAUUUUUCAUUCAGAAUAUUUUGCCAUUACAUGGAGCAUCUGUAAAUACAUAGAUUUUUUUAAGAAAAAAAACUUUACAAAUGUAUCGGAACACUUUCUGCAUCUGGUGGUAACUUUUCUUAAAUGUUUUUUUUAAAAAAAACUUAUUGCUAUACUACCACACUUUAGAACAAAAUGCUCACAAAUCCACUCGACAUAUCAUUUGCACUUUCACCUUCCAUAUACCAGAGUCAUACAAAUACUAAACUAACUAAUAAUUCAGAAUAAUACUAUUUUUUCUUACAAAUAUCUAACAAAGAAUAUUCAUCCAAUAAUGAUUAUCUAGAUUUAUUUUUUGUGUAUUUUUAUUAAAAGCACCCUCCAGUGGUCAGUGUGCACCCUUUUGCUUUGCAUUUUUUUCAGAGAAGGAGGAAAAUAAAACAAUUUAAUCUUAUCAAAUGCUCUGUUCUACACGUGCAAGCAAAUGUUGAAUACACAGCUGGAUUCCUGUUGGCAGGACAGGGCAAACAGAUCAAAAUGUAUAAAAUAAAGCAAUGCUAAUAACCAGGAGCAAUGUGCAGUGCUACAGUGAGUGGGGACACAGACUUCAUUCCCCAAACUUUCAUAAGUACCCUUCCAAUUUAUGCACAACGCUUGGUAUGAGUACAAGUUGGAAACAGUUUGUGCCUUCAUAGCCAAGAGGUGCACAGCCCCAAAAAAACAGAAAUGGAAAAUAUACUAUAUAAGAUCUAGUAAAUAUCUAAAACAAGACACAGCUAGAAUUGCAUACAAAAACAACAGGUUUGGCUGUAUUCAUAUUUACCAAGUCAAAAAUAAAACUAACUUGGCAAGGA